UGUAGCCUCAUGCAAACUUAAGGUAACAGCAUCAAAGGAACACUGCAAAGUCAGGGAGACAAAGAAACAGCUGAGAUAAGAGCAAAGAGAUGUUAGAUGCACAUUAGAGAAACAUUAAUUUUUCAAUUGUGUUUCAGCUCUGACCACUCAAGAAAUACUGCCAUAAAUGAACAAUUCAUCGUGUCUCCAGCCAUCACCAGCUACCACCGUAGCUCUCCCCAUCAUCUACUCCUGCCUCCUUCCCGCCGGAAUCUUUGGCAACAUUCUGGCUGUCUGCGUAUUUGCACAGAAAGUUCCCACCCGAAGGACACAGUACAUUUACCUGGCCAACCUUGUGAUUGCAAACCUGCUGGUUUGCAGCACCAUGCCCUUCCUGGCUGCCUACUUUGCAGAAGGGCACCGCUGGCCCUACGGCUCGCUGGCCUGCAGGAUCGCCCAUCACCUGGGGGCACUGGUGAUGCAGGUCAGCAUGUAUGUGAGCAUCACCAUCCUGUGCUCCAUUGCCCUCAGCCAGUAUGCCACCCUGACCAAGAACUGCACACAGCACUGCCCAGCUCUCCCAGGAAACUUCCAUGGGCGCCUGCUGCACAAAUUCCGGCGGCCGAAAUUCGCUAAGUAUUUGUGCGUUGUUAUCUGGCUGAUUGUGCUGUGCAUAACUUUCACAGCCAUCACCUACAACGUCCAGGAGAGGGUUUCAGAAGAGUUCCCCACGUGCUACAACAUCAAGGUAGAAGCUGGUGAACAUCCUGCAAUGAUUGCUGGUUCCCUUGCCACUGCGUGCUUCUUUGUGUCUUUUAUGACUGUUUUGUGGUCCUACUACUCUCUUACCAGACAUCUGAGCAGAAUACAAAAAAACACCUCUAUUGGAGAAAAACAUCUGAUUUACAGAAAGGUGAAAAGAAACAUUCUUGUCAUCCAGAUGAUAUUAACUGUCUGCUUUCUUCCAUACCAUAUUUUUAAGCCAAUUUUCUAUGCACUGCUUACAAAUAAUGACUGUCCAAGGUUAAACUAUCUAGUGGAAAUUAAAAAUUUUCUUACUUGUCUUGCUGCUGCUAAAAGCAGUUUAGAUCCCAUUAUAACCUUUCUCCUAGAUAAAACAUUUAAGAAAAGACUUUAUGGCCUGUUUACAAAAUCCACACCAGAACAUCAAAAACGUAACAACGAUAUUUUCACUGAAAUGGAAAGGAAUAUGGAAAUAUUUUCAUAG